GAAAAACGUAAUGAGAUAUGGCAUCCAAAGAAAGUAAAAGCAGUAUCAAGGGAGAUGCAAAUGUUUUUGUUGUUUUGAGCAACCAUCACUUGUCUCCGCCUCGAUUCACGCGACAAUAUUCACUCCACCUUUUUUAUCCCAUUUAUUAUUUUUGGGUUUUAGGUGCUAUUCCUUAUUUUGUUUUUCAUUCUGCUUUCUGUCUACUUUGGUCUCUUUUUUUUUGGUUUUCUUGCUGGUAUCUUUCUUUUAAGAUCUUGUUGUUCCGUUGCUUUUUCUUUUUAUUUUACUAUUCGAUGCCUUCUCAAUUAUCCAGUCAACAUCAUCAUCAGCAUCUUCCUUCAUUAUCUUCGUCUAUUUCCAGCUGUUCUUCAGGUACUUCGACACCGCAAUCCUUGAAUUUUCCUCGCCAGUCGGUGAAUUCGCAGUAUUAUUACUAUUCCAUCCAACAACCGUGCCGACAGAAAUCCGCCCCACCGCAACGAAAAUCGCAACGGUAUGCGGAAUUGCAACGACCCCAUCAUCCACCGCAACGGUCGGUAUCGGCUAGUUCCCUAGGCACCCCCCGCUCGAGACAAUCCUCCGACUGGUCUCCAUGCUGCUAUACACCAAACACAACGCCCACCGUGUUGUCAAACCGAUAUACCGUAGCUAUACCUACCGAUAUUUCUCCUUUAGAAAAGCCAAUGGCUCACGAUACACCUUCGCAACAAAUCCUCAUUGCCAGUACGGCGAUUGAAUCUUCCAAUCCACCAGCGUCAUCCGCACUACAAGAACCGCCCAAUACCCAUUUAUGGUGGGAUGAAUCUCAGCUGGCGUUGGAAUUAGCCGAAGAUGAUUUGAUGCCCAAGAAAAAAACCACAGGAAAAAAAGGAACCACACGGCGUAUCAAAGAAAAAAUAUCUUGUUUCAUGCAUUCUUCUUCAUCCUCGCUCUCUUCCUCGUCGUCCUCCGCGUCUCUCUCCAUCCAUUCGAAAAAGAGCAACCGGAUUGCUCGGUCUUUGAAAAAGCUUGCCAAUAUCAUUUCUUUAUAAAUCCAUCUGUAAAUAGUCUCUGUAUGACCCCGCCUCAAUAUAUGUCUUUUUUUUUCCUCUUUCAUUUAUAUCCAUCAAGAUGCUCUUUUUUAUACCGUUCAUGUCUCUCUACAUUUAUUUUAAUGUUUACGAUUCUGACUGAUUGUAUUGCAUUAUUUUGAAAACAACAACAAUAAUGUGGCACGAUGAAUGAUAUCAUCAAUACAAUAGAAAAGAUUGAUCUUUCGGAAAAGGUUCUAACAAGUUUACAUUUUUUUUUCAAAUCGCGCAUAGUGAGAAAUCAGUCGCUCUUUGAAUGGUCACUCCAUGACCCCGAAUAUAUGAGUGUCAGGUUCAGAUUCGCCGGAAGUGUUGGUGUUGUCUAGAUGCUCAAUCUCUCCCCUCACAAAAAUAAAAAGAAGAAUCAUGGUUCAU